UGUAAAGUCAGAUGUGCCACUGAACUUGACAAACACAAAAUUCUACUACAUUUGGGCUUUACACUGGCAAGUCUUCUCUUUUUAGUGGUGAACUUGACUUGUGCAAUGCUGGUCCAUGGAGAUGUUCCAGAAAAUGAAUUGAAAUGGACUGUGUUUACUCGAGCACUAAUUAAUGAUAGCCUCUUUAUUCUUUGUGCUAUCUCUCUAGUUAGUUACAUAUGCAAAAUUACAAAAAUGUCGUCUGCAAAUGUCUACCUCGAAUCCAAGGGUAUGUCUCUGUGCCAGACUGUUGUUGUGGGCUCUGUAGUCAUUCUUCUCUACUCAUCAAGAGCUUGUUAUAAUUUGGUGGUGAUCAUCAUAUCUCAGGAUACACUAGAAAGUCCGUUUAAUUAUGGCUGGGAUAAUCUUUCAGAUAAGGCUCAUAUAGAAGACAUAAAUGGUGAAGAGUAUAUAGUAUUUGGAAUGGUCCUCUUUUUGUGGGAACACGUGCCAGCAUGGUCAGUGGUACUGUUUUUCCGGGCACAGAGAUUAAACCAGAAUUUGACACCUGCUGGCAUGAUAAAUAGCCACAAUUAUAGUUCCAGAGCUUACUUUUUUGACAAUCCAAGGCGGUAUGACAGUGAUGAUGACUUACCAAGACUGGGAAAUUCACGAGAAGGAAGUUUACCAAAUUCGCAAGGUUUGGGCUGGUACGGCACCAUGGCAGGAUAUGGCAGCAACAGUGACACAGCCCCUCCACACCUGAACGGCCCUGUGGCAGACACUGCUCCUUUGCUCUUCACCUGUAGUAAUUUAGACACGAACAGUCACCGUAACUUAUAUACACCACCACUAAACUGA